AUGGCCAGCAGCAGCAAGCAAUUAUUAUUGGUAAUGGUUGGAGAAAUCCGCCUUGAUUAUAGGUCUCAGCACUUGUUCCUACAUGGAGCCCCGGGCCUCAUCGGCGACGCGAUGCCCAAAAAAACACACGAUACGGACUUACAAGUUUUUAAAGUGGUAGAGCCACAAGCUACACCAACACCAGUAGCUCAAAAGGCACCAGGCUCGAACCGGUUGGUGUUUCUUGGGGACUUUAAUGCACACCAUAAAGAGUGGCUGUACCCGUAUAGUGACACUGACCACGCUGGAAGAGAGAUCUACAAAUUUGCAAUAUCUUGUGGCCUCUCUCAGCUCGUCCACGAACCCACUCGUAUUCCUGACGUCGUGGGCCACACUGCGUAUUGCCUGGACCUUCUGCUGACAACCGAUCCUGACAGAUAUUCGAUCUAUGUUUCACCACCACUCGGGACAUCGGAUCAUUGUGUGGUGAAAUCUGUAUCGCACUACUCGCCUCCUGACACUAGUCCUAAAGGCACUAGGCGAGUGUGGCGAUACAAGUCAGCGGAUUGGGAUGAGAUGCGUCACUUUUUCGCCUCUUAUCCUUGGAGGCAGGUAUGUUUUUCUUCUAGAGAUCCAUCGUGCUGCGCAGAUUCUGUCUCGAGUGUGAUUUAUCAAUGUAUGGAGUAUUUUAUUCCUUUUGCUGAAGUAUCCCUUGAGACCAAAGCUCGCACGUGGUUUAAUGCUGAAUGCCUCUUAACUGAAAAGCGUAAGCAUGAAGCCUAUUUGUCCUGGGCUGACGCUCGUAAAAACAAAGCCUUGGAUGUCCAGGCAAAGAAGAAAACAUACAACGCAGCUACUAAAUCUUGUAAAAAAGCGAUAAGAAAAGCUCGUUUUGACCACAAUGGCCGUAUAGGGGGAAAGUUAGCUUCUUUUCCCUCAGGGAGCAAAGCUUUCUGGAGCCUCGCCAAGUCGGUUGAGAAAAACUUCUGUCACUCUUCGCUGCCUCCUCUGCACAAACCUGACGGAUCCCUGGCCCACAACGCUAAGGAGAAGGCAAAUUUAUUUGCCAAUCUCUUCGCAGAGUAUUCUCGUCUGGACAUCAACGGUAAGUGUCCACCUCAGUUACCUCCGCUUGGCCCUAAAAUGAGCGCCGUUAAAAUCCACCAAAAAGAGGUACUUAAAUAUUUGCUGAACCUGGAUGUUAAUAAGGUCAGUGGUCCUGAUGGCAUUUCAGCAGUGGUACUGGAGUGUUGUACACCCGAUUGUCUCCUGUUCUGA